CCCCACCAAGGAAGUCAGCGCACCGCUGCUCUUCCCGCUGCUACUAUGAUUUCGUCUAUGCUCUCAACUCUUCUUCUCUUCGCGCUCGGCGCCUCUGGCGCUCCGUCAGUCAAGUUAGGAAAAACGACAGUCAUCGGAACUACCCUGCCGACUUUUGGACAAGAGUUCUUCGCAGGUAUCCCGUAUGCCGAGCCGCCCAUCGGCGAGCUUCGGUUCAAGCCUACGGUUCUGAAGACGUCGUUGAACGGCCCCUCGUUCAAUGCUACUCAAUUGGGGCCAGCAUGCCUCCAAGCUCUGCCAGGCGGCGCGCAUAACCUUCCCGUCGACAGCCCGAUUUCGGAGGACUGUCUGACGAUCAACAUCAUUCGUCCCAUCGGUGUCAAUUCAACCUCAAAACUCCCUGUGAUGUUCUGGACAUAUGGCGGUGGUUUCGACAUGGGCGCCUCCGCGCUUUACAACGCCAGCGCUCUCGUUGCCCAGAGCGUGGAAAGAGGAACCCCGGUCAUCUAUAUCAAUUUUAAUUACCGAGUCGGGCCUCUCGGGUUCCCUCAAGGAACAGAAGCUCUGAAGGAAGGAUCUCUGAACCUUGGGCUCAGAGAUCAGCGUGCUGCUCUCGAAUGGGUUCAGAAGAAUGUCGGCAAGUUCGGGGGUGACAAGCGCAAAGUCCUCGCGUUUGGUGAGAGUGCCGGAAGCAUGAUCACUUCGCUACAGUUCUUGACUCCCGACACGGAGAAACUUGUUCGGGCAGCGAUAUUUGAGUCGGGAUCUCAGUCGUCAGGCGGAGGGAUGUUCGAACCCGCUCGGCGAGAAAAUGUCUGGACCCUUUUCGUUGGGGCCGUCCCUUCUUGCGCCUCUCUUGCAGGCACCAAUUCGACGUUUUCGUGUCUCAGAAACGCCAACACAACAGAAAUGCUGAAUGCCUUCCUCUACACUAUGUCGCAUGCGCCCGAGAACGCCCCCUGGGACCCGGCAAUCGACGGUCCGGGUGGUCUGAUCCCCGAUCUUCCUUCCAAUCUUUUGCUGAAAGGCAAAUUCGCCAAGAUUCCCUUUAUCGCAGGGACUAACCUGGACGAGGGGACGUUGUUCACUUCGACACUGAUAAAUUCCUCUGCCGAAAUUAACGCUACCAUAAUUGCCGGGCGCUCUCCUGCGGCUUCUCCUGCAGAGCUCCAAGCUACGAUCCAGAGAAUGCUCGAACUCUAUCCAGAUGAUCCUUCGAUCCAAUCGCCGUAUGGGACUGGGAACGAGACCUUCGGGUUGAGUAGCCAGUAUAAGCGCUAUGCAUCGAUCGAUGGAGAUGUGGAUUUCCACUCUCAGCGGCGGUUCUGGAUCAACGCAGCAGCCAAUGCGAGUGUACCCACCUACGGCUACCUCUUCACCCAGCCGCAGCCGCAACUUGAUCCACGACUCGGUGUCGAGCACUCAUCCGAGAUCAACUACGUCUUGGGCGGGCUGAACGAUACAACGCCCUCGGCAGUGCUUCUCAGCCGUGUGAUGAUGGACUACUGGAUCUCUUUCGCAACGAGUCUCACCCCGAACGACGGAAUUGGCUCCCAGCGUCCUGAAUGGAAACAAUUCACCCCGACAGCGAAGGAUAUCAUCCAGCUCAACGGGAACAAUUUGACGAUGAUCCCCGACAGUUUCCGCGAGGAGCAAAUCAGCUUCAUCAACUCCAACCCGGCAAUUUGGCAUCAUUAGAGUUUCAACUUUCUUCUCCUU